AUUUACAAACCCAGUCGGACACACACAAAAGCCUAAUCGGACUUUUUUAUUGCAACUUUCCAUGUUUUUAAACAAAUGGACACUGUUAGCCUUAGUUACGGGUUAUCUACUAGCAAGCAGUCAGCCUCCAAUCACGCGCGGUUCUCUUUCUGAUAAACCUUCUGACUUAUACGCUCCUGACUUUUAUCCUAAUGGCACCUAUUUGACGCUACCCCAUGGCACAAUGCGUUAUUGGAUGUUUGGCAAUGAACAAGGUAAUCCUGUUAUUCUGAUUCAUGGCAUAACGACAGGUUCUUCUUGUUAUGACAAAUUGGCUAGAGAGCUAGCAAACAGUAGUCACCACGUCGUUGUAUAUGACCUCUGGGGCAGAGGCUACUCUGAUGCUCCUCAUGCCUACUAUGAUGAAGCUCUAUAUACAUCUCAGCUGGCCCUCUUGAUGCACAAAAUAGGAUGGACAAAGGCCGAUAUCAUUGGCGUUUCUCUAGGUGGAGGUAUUGCAACAUCUUUUACUGCCUUCUAUCCAGAAAUGGUACGCAAAUUAGUUUUGAUCGCACCUACUGGAUUGAUGCAGCAGAACGAUUUACCCUUCACCUCCAAAGUGGCUCGAUUACCCAUUUUAAGUCAAGUGCUCAUCGGCCAGCCUCUGGUAAGGCCACUGGUCACUAUGGCCAUACGCCACUUUGCUGCUUCAGCACGUCACGCGAGCGCAAAUACAGAAGAAGGCGCUACAGAACUAGCAGAUCGUAUAUCUCAAAUAGCAUAUCAUCAAUUUGUGCAUCAUCCAGGCUUCUUUAGAGCAUUCCUACGUACAGUCAUUGACUUUCCCUUUACUGGAUUAAAGGAGAGAUAUGAGAGAGUGGGUCAAGUGAAAGGAGCUAACUCGACACUUCUCAUUUGGGGGGAUCAGGAUAAGACUGUUCCUUUCCAUAACCAUGUUCAGGUACACUCCUCCCUUCCACAUGCUCAGUUAGUUAUAUUCAAUAACCAAGGACAUGAUGUGCUAAUCACAUCUUGGAAAUCUGUUAAUGCUAAAGUGAAAGAAUUUUUAUUAUUAUAAAUGAGAGAUUACAUGAAUAAAGCCAUAAAAAUUACACAAUUAUUCUUCGUCAUACUCGUCCUCAGAGGCUACAGGACAUUCUAGCAAGUUGUCAAGCUCAAAUACGUCUCCACUACUAGAUUGAGAAUAACUCUUGCGACGAUAAAGCUUAUGUUUUCUUAUAAAAAUAGCACUACCGGCAAUAAUCAAAGCAAUUGAAGCCAGAAUGACACUAUGAACAAAAGUCCUUUGUUUGUCCACACGCAUGCUUUCAAACGUCUGCAUCAGAAAGCUUUGAGUAGCUAUUU